AUGCGACUCAACAGCUAUCGACCAGAAACCCACCCCCCCAAAAGCCCAAAUCCCCUUCCUUCCCCCCUGCCGCAGCUGGAGGCGGUGCUGCGCUGCGUCCAGGACAUCCUGGAACGCGGUCCCGAUGAGCGCAUCAUCGUCUUCUCCACCUGGCGCGACGUGCUGCGCCUGCUGGAGCACGCCUUCGGCCGCAACGCCGUCCCGCACGCCCACCCCCAGACCCGCAAGGCCCUGGCCCCGGCCUUCGCGGCCUUCCAGGUGGGGCCUGGCGCCGGCGCAGGCUCUGCCACGCCGCGCGUGCUCCUGCUGCUGGUGAAGCAGGGUGGGAACGGGCUGAACCUGACCGCCGCCCAGCACGUGAUCCUGGUGGAGCCGCUGCGCUCGCCGGGGCUGGAGGCUCAGGCCGUGGGGCGCGUAGAUCGCGUGGGCCAGCUGCGAGAGACGCACGUGUACAGGUUUGUGAUGAACGACACCAUCGAGCAGAACCUUCACCGCCUGAACUGCGCUCGAGGGCUGACCUCCCAGGCCACCUCCAGCUCGGAGCCCAAGCACCUGGGCCUCAGGUGA